AUGGCUCUUGACAAUGCUAGACGUGUCUACAUCCAGCUCAACAAUAUCGACCUUCAUACCAUCACUACGGACCUUUCCCGGCUCCAUGUGCAGCGGUUGAUGAGGCUCACCGCAAAACAAGCCUCGGAUAUCAGAGAAUUGUCAAUAUGCAGUGCUUCUGGAGGACCUCUGAGUCUUGGUUAUCGCGUUCUCCCGUCGUGCCCCCUGAAGUCACAAGCCUCAAAAGACUUGCGAGAAGCCCUCAAAAAACUCAAACAAUGCCGCACUCUCCGAAUUUCUGCAGUGGAAAUUAAGCAUACUGACUAUGAACUAGCAUGGAUGGGGGCUAUUGACAUGACUCACUCAGUGCUAUCCGCAUUCUGUGAGACUCAAAACUCCCUGAAAUCGCUCACCUUAGAUUUCAGGACAGAUAACGUAGCCUCACUUCUACGUGGUGGUCUCGAGAGAAUACCGUCCUAUGGCCCCGCUGAGCUGUCUCGUUUCCCAUUUGGAAGUUCAAGAAUUAACCACAUAUCACUCAAUCUCAACGCAAACAUAGCAGGUAGUCCUGGCUUGUGUGAGAGACUUUUACAUCCGCUAUAUACACGCUAUGGAGUAAAUGAGGUCUCACUUGACCUUGGAAAAGCCUAUGCAGAGAAUGUCGUUCUGGAUGUCUUGAGAGGCAUGGGCCAUCGCAUGCUUGAGCCAAAGUUAAAGCAGUAUUGCCAUUCUUUGCGGGUCCUGACUAUGGAGAACAUCAUCUUCAGAUAUAACUAUUGGCUGAGAUUUUUACACAGCUUAAAGCGUGAAUUCCGCCGUCUUCAAGAGGUAAAUCUGUUUUGGGAGGUGAACACUAGUUCGGAAAGCACCUCGCUCAUCACUCAAUGGAAUCACAAUACAAUCUAUGACAACACUCAAACUAGGGUGACCUACACUGGACCUGAAGAACACGGUGCCCUUACUGCUCUUGAGAAGAUAGCCAGUGAAGACCCUCUCUCCGUUCAUCUGUGA